ACUUAUUAUUAGUUAAGACUUUGUUAUUAGUUUUAUAUUGUACCUAUCGUUCAUUUUUUACUUCUGCAGUUCUGCGGCCUUAACCUGCAUACUUACUUAAAUGAAUAAUUACUACUAUUUUAUAUAGUACGUCCUUAAUAUUCUUCAUUACAAUUUCGUUGUUCGAGCCAUUCAGAAAUAAUUAACGACCGACGGAUUUUUGUGGAGUUUUUAAUCAUUAGUUAUUUAAAUUAUAAUUGUUAUGGAUUCUUUUCUAAAAACUGGGAAAAUCAAUCAAGAUCAACAAUCUACUAGCAGUGGUCUGAAGAGUAAAGAUGGAUCAAGAGGAAUUUCUGACAGUACCACACCUUGGGUGGAAAAAUAUCGACCUCGUACUGUCGAUGAGGUAUCUGAACAGUCGGAGAUUGUAGCUGUACUAAAACAAUGUUUAGAACAAGGUGCUGAUAUGCCACACUUAUUGUUUUAUGGCCCACCUGGUACAGGUAAAACUAGUACCAUAAUUGCAGCUGCACGCCAGUUGUUUGGAGAUAUGUACAAAAACCGUAUGCUAGAACUUAAUGCAUCUGAUGAUCGUGGUAUUCAAGUGAUUCGAGAUAAAGUUAAAACAUUUGCACAGCUUACAGCUUCUGACCGACGACCAGAUGGUAAACCAUGCCCACCGUUCAAAAUUGUUGUAUUAGAUGAAGCUGAUUCAAUGACAGCAGCUGCUCAAGCAGCUCUCAGACGUACCAUUGAACGAGAGACCAAGACUACUAGAUUCUGCCUUAUUUGCAAUUAUGUUAGUUGCAUUAUUGAUCCAUUAACGUCGCGUUGCUCCAAAUUCAGAUUCAAACCUUUAUCACAUGACAUAAUGCUAGCUCGUCUUGAACACAUAUGUAAAGAAGAAGGAGUAAAAUGUGCACCACGGGUGCUGGCCCGAUUGGUUGAUGCUUCUGGUGGAGAUAUGCGUAGAGCAAUUACAUCACUCCAAAGCACAGCUAGAUUAAAAGGUGAAGAUGGUAUUGAAGAAUUAGAUGUUUUAGAAGUUGUUGGCACUGUUCCUGAUGUUUGGUUAGAUCGUAUGAUAGAUAUAGGUCGUAUGUACGACUAUCAAAAAAUGGAUGGUUUUGUGGAAGAUCUGAUAUUUGAAGCCUAUUCAGCAGCUCAGAUCUUAGAACAAUUGCAUGAUAAAAUAGUAUUUUCUACAGAUUUAAAAGACCAACAGAAGGCUCUAAUUUGUAAAUCUAUCAGUAUUUGUGCCUAUAGAUUACAAGAAGGCUGUAGUGAAUAUGUCACUCUUUUACAUUUAUUAUGCUCAGUUGCUAAAGCAUUAAAAGGUUAAGUUAAAAAAUAUGCAUUGUAUUUUACUAUUUUUUUAUUCCAUUUUUAUUAAAUUUAUAUUUUUAAAACUUUAAAAUAAAAAGUGUAAUCAUUAGUACA